CAUCGCAUCACUUGAUAUGUGGUCUAUUUUACUGAGUUGCUUCUAUAUAUUCCGUGUACUUUCUGAGUCGUCAGGGCUAUCAUCCAAUAGAUUUCGCCGAAUAACUGGUGGUCAUCUUUAUGAAAUUCAAGAUAUACCGUUCCUGGUAUCUCUCCGUUAUAAAAAUGUAUACUACUGUGCUGGAAGUAUUUUGAGUGAUCAAUUUAUCCUUACAGCUGCAACAUGUGAAAGGCCAGUGGUAGAAGAAAUCAAAGUGAGAGUCGGUUCCAGUUAUUACAACCAGAAGGGAAGGACAAUAAGGGCCGGUCAGUUCAUUUCGCACCCCGACUACAAUAAUGUAACAUUCGAAAAGGACGUGGCAAUCAUUGUUUUGCAGCAACCUCUGAAUUUCACGAAAAACGCGCAAUCCGUUACCCUACCAACAGCUGAAGAAAAGCUUCCCGAGCCUGGCCAGUUUGUACGGAUAGCAGGAUGGGGCUUCACCGACCCGAAAACGGACAUCAAUUCAUCAGAAGAAAUGAGAUCAGCGGAAUUGCCAAUAUUGUCGCAGUCAACUUGCGGAGUGUGUUACCCUGACAGGGUGAUCACGGAAUUCGUGUUUUGUGGGGGUUAUUUUCUGGGAGGGACAGGACCCUCGUCUGGAGACAUAGGUGGCCCUGUUGUUUAUAAAGGUAUUCAGUAUGGGGUUGUUUCCUUUACCGGAGACGCAGGUGCUUACCCUUUGAGCCCUGCAGUGUUUACUUCUGUUCCAAAAGUGAGAGGGUUUAUACAAACGUACACGAAAGUUUAACGCACCCUCAAUGAAUUCUGGAUGAAUGGAGUCAAACUAAUUGUUGAAUAUCAACACAUCCAUUUUCGCAAUGUGGAAUAAAUGAGCAAAACUCGUUUGCAAAUGAAAAAUGUGUAUUAUAAGUGUUGGUAUACAAAUAUCAUGAAAUUAUGUAUUCCUUUCAAACAUUUUGAAUUUUACGCAAUGGAAAAUUUAUCGGCAAAUCAUCUUCAGUCUGUUAACGCACCUCAUGUAAAAUUCAAGUGGUUUUGUUCGAUAUUAACAUAAAAUAACGUUUCUGGAAAGAAUUCUAUUAUUUUAUUCCACAGUUUCUCUGUAACAAAUGUUUUCCUCGAUUUUGCUUUAUGGAAGAAGUAUAGU